CGGAAUGGGCGGAGCUUGUCAGAGUUGCAAGCGCUAGCAUUAUGCUAGUUGUGCAUGAUGUCAAUAGUAGCAGGGUAUUUAUAAAUGCUAAUAAAUGUUUAGAAAUAACGUAAUGCAUGCAAUGCUUGAUGACCAUAUUAUCCAUAGCCAGAAUAUUGAUCUAGAUCGGCUGUGUUCGGUUAUCGUCUCGGGUCCUAAAAGACCACCUGUCCAAAGUAGGUGUCUGGUUAGAAAGGUGCAUUCUGUGGGUGCCAGGGAUACCCUAGUCCACACAAUUUUAAUGUUAAUUCCUAAGUCUUAGACUUAUUGAUGGCAGCCCGACAGCCCUUCACGGACAGUGAUACUGCGGAUGAAGCAGUGAGGGCGACGUGUGAUGAUGCAACCACAUGCAAAAGGUUUGCAAGCAGUAAAGGAUACUGGAAAGACCCCUAUAUCCAGUACUUUGUCAGAUCAGUUGGGGAACGAAAGGCUCCAGAGAUCAACCGAGGUUACUACGCCCGCGUCCGAGGAGUGAACAAUCUCCUAGACAAGUUUGUCAGGAAAACAGACUGCAACUGUCAGAUCAUCAACCUUGGUGCUGGGCUAGACACAACCUUCUGGAGGUUAAAGGAUGAAAACCUCAUGCCUAAAAAGUAUUUUGAAGUCGACUUCCCAACUGUUGUCGCCAGGAAAAUACACAAUAUAAAAACAAAGCCGCCUCUUUCCAAACCCCUCAUCGAGACGCACAGCUCAGACUCCCUACUGCUGGAUGGUCACAGUCUAGACUCGGAUCGCUACUGCAUCAUCGGCCUGGACCUUCGGGAUGUCGUCACCUUGGACGAGAAACUGAGGAGGUUUCAACUCAACCCAGAGCUUCCCACCUUGCUGCUGUCAGAGUGUGUGCUGGUCUACAUGAACCCCGCCCAGUCCUCCAAAUUGCUGCACUGGGCUGCCGAGACGUUCCACACGGCCAUGUUCAUCAACUACGAACAGGCCAACAUGGUGGACCGCUUCGGUCAGGUGAUGAUCGAGAACCUGCGGCGGCGCCAGUGUAACCUGGCAGGUGUGGAGGCCUGCAGGUCCCUGGACUCUCAGAAAGAGAGGUUCCUGCAGACUGGUUGGGAGCACGCUGACGCCCUGGACAUGAUGACGGUGUACGGCCUCCUUCCUCAGGACGACCUGGCCAGAAUUGAGAGUCUGGAGUUCCUGGAUGAGAAAGAGCUGUUGCAGCAGCUUCUUCAACACUACUGCAUCUGCUGGGCCAACAAGGACAAACUAAGACUCGGUCUUUCCCAACUCUCCUUUUGACGUGAAGUUCCCAGCUACCCUGCUCGACCCCUUGUGGUAACCAUGGUAACCCAAGUCGUGCAAGGACAGCCAGACAGAGGAUGUGCAUGUGCAGACCCAGCCUUCUGCUAUUCAGUAAGAAGAUUAAUAAAAUGGACAGAGCAUCGGUCUCAGCGGAAAGGCGGUUUGACCUACGAGAUACGAGACAAAUAUGGGAAGAUAUCGAGCACUUCCUGCCAUAUUCUCUCGCUCUCGCUCUCUCUCUCUCUCUUCCCCACCCUCCUACUACUUCUUCUUCUCCUACUACUUCUUCUACUACUGUUCUCAUAUACUUUUCUCUCUUUUGGUGUUGUGUAUCACAUUGAAGAAUUUAGGCUGUUUUAAUCGAUUUACAGCGUCUUAUUAGAAUUGUUUGUGCCAUUGAGUAUUUAUGAUUGAUUGGACGAUCAACCUGUUCUUUGCUUGUAGUUUGUCAUUAAAAGGCAACUUCUUGAAUGUUUGCCGAUAUGGAAAAUUUGGAAUGUGGAAACUCAAGAGAGUCUGGUUUAUGACUUACCGAUUUUCCGAACAAAAACCUAAUCUUGACCACCCUUGGCUGUUAAAUAAAACUUAUUUUUUGUGUUAAUUGGCCGUCGUUAGCUGUAACCAGCUUCAGGUCUUACAUGUUCAGUGCUAUAAGCAUCUGUCUUCACACAGGCACCGUAGUCCCUCUCUCUCUCUCGCUCUCUCUUGCUCGUUCAGUCAACCCCCUCAGACAGACUGAAAUGUUCCUCCAUGCCAAGCAAGCAUGGCUGACCACCGGCCAACUGCUGUUUGCCUAGUGGGAUUAGUUUAAUUUGACUUAUUCAUUUUAUUCAUAUUAUAUUUUAUUCAGGCGUAAAUCCAACUGCUGAUGAACUGGCCUUUACACUUUAGGAGGAUCUGAAGGAUUUACUUUGAAAUAAAUGCUCAAAAAGUG